AAUUUUAAAGAGAGAGCCUGGUUGCGUGGAAUUCCUUGAAGAAAAUUCAAAAUGUCGACCGACGAAGACACAGAAUUGAGAGAUUUAGUAGCACAAUCGCUAGAAAGCAAAGGUGUUUUGGGGAAAAUACGGGCACAGUUGCGUGCAAGUGUAUUUCUUGCUCUAGAGGAACAGGAAGGCCCCGAGAACAAAAUCCCCUUGACAAAUGGUAAUCUGAAAAAGUUUAUUAGCACAAGUGAAGGUCGCCUUGUGGCAGGGCUGGUCAGAGAGUUCCUAGAAUUUUUUGAGUUGGAUUUCACCAUUGCUGUCUUUGACCCGGAGAGUAACUUUAGUGAUAAAUACCAGGGAAGAAACAACCUUGCAAAUGAGCUGAACCUGCCUGACUCAGACUCUGCUGCAACUAAACCACUUUUAGCCGAGGUUGUGAGGCACAUGAAGUAUGCAGGAAGUGCGUCAAACAACGGUACAACAGGGGCAAAGCCUACUCACCAUAUGGCUGACUCACAGCCACAAGUAAAGAACUCUGCAGCUUUCUCAUCACCUCGCCACAACGGCCCAGCCAGUCCUCGUAGUACCAGUCCUUCCUCAGGGAAGGGCAAGGAUGAGGACUUCACAGAGCUCAUGAUCAGUGCUGGGUUUGAAAGUGAUGAAGAAAUGAAACCAAGUAGAAUUCCCCAGAGAAUACGAGAGGACAGGUCAUCAAAGUCUGAUAACAGUCAGGCCAGUGAAAACGGUGGGGAUUCUUUCUUUGAAAAAUCAGACCUCAAGUCGGCAAGAAGUGGGAGUCCUGACAAGACUAUAGGAAGCGAUGAGGAUGACAUUUUUGCUGAAUUCACAAGAAAAACAGAGAAAACUAAAAAUUCAGAUGUCAAAAAGAGUGAUCUUGAUAAGAAGUCCCAGGAGUCAGGAAAACAAGGUGGAAUGCUGUCUUCUCUGAGAGGAGCUCCACCACUUUCCGGGGGAGGACUAGGGUCACUCAAAAAUGCUCCCCCUCUCCCUGGUACUAAGGCUGCUAAAGAGCCGCCUAAAUCCCCCAACUGGGACGACCUUGCUGAGAUUGACAGCAGAAUUAACAAACUCGGCUUCGAUAUCCCAGGCGAUGAGAAAAGCACGCAUUCUCAGGACUACAAUGAUUAUGACGACGAUUUUCAGCCGACAAGUUCUCAUCUUAGCGACCAGAGCCUCAGCAUAAGUGAAGAUAUCGAGGAACAACUGAGCAGCUAUCGUAGCAACAGCAACGCCGAUGACUUGAUGACCACUGACCGCACAGUAUCGCGGGCUAGUGACGAUGGCCUUGACUAUGCUGAGGACAUAUUAAACGACUUUUAAUGAAAUUAGAAGACUUUCUUUUGCCUCUAGACAGCAGUCUUAUAGUGUAAAAUAAUUGUGUCAUGAGACUUAUAAAUAUAAUAUAUUCAUUCCUUGAA